CUUCCCUGUGCCUGAACCCAACCAACCCAAGAGCCCUUUCAAUUUUCCGUCGUCUUCAUCUUUUCCACAUUCUCUCUAUUCGUUAGAUAUAAAUACAUGAGCAAAGCUCAUCAUAAAUACGAAAGGCAAGCACAAAGGCGCCUAUGAGAGCUAUAGCACGCAGGCUACUUUUCAACACAAAGCCAGCAACAAUCAGAAAUAUCACCAUGUCUGAUUCAGAUCAAGCCCCUGCUUUUAACAGACCGAGAUUGGUGGCCAAGAAGGUUCCGGCCAAACUUCAACAUGAGGGUGAUGGUGCUGUUGUUAGGAGAGGCAUUGGAAGGAGUGAAUUGAAGUCUUUGGAUCCUUUUCUGAUGUUAGAUGAUUUUUCAGUGGCUCCUCCUGCUGGAUUUCCUGAUCAUCCACACAGAGGUUUUGAGACUGUCACAUACAUGUUACAGGGAGGCAUUACUCAUCAAGAUUUUGCCGGCCAUAAGGGUACAAUUGGACCGGGUGAUGUGCAGUGGAUGACAGCAGGCAGAGGAAUAAUCCACUCUGAAAUGCCUUCAGGAGAAGGAACUUCAAAGGGUUUACAGCUUUGGAUCAAUUUAUCCUCCAAAGACAAAAUGAUUGAACCAGGGUAUCAAGAGCUUUUAAAGGACGACAUAAGAAGGGCAGAGAGUGAUGGGGUGGAGGUCCGAAUUAUAGCAGGAGAAUCGAUGGGAAUCCGAUCUCCGGUUUACACCCGAACUCCGGCGUUGUAUCUAGACUUCACUCUAAAACCCAGAGCUCAACUGCAUCAGAAUAUCCCAGAAGCAUGGAAUUCCUUCGUGUAUGUAAUUGAAGGGGAAGGGGUGUUUGGGUCCCUCAACUCAUCAUCUGCGGCAGCUCACCAUGUCCUGGUUCUGAGUCCUGGAGAUGGUCUAAGCGUGUGGAACAGGUCUUCGAAGGCGUUGAGGUUUGUGCUGGUGGCAGGGCAGCCGCUGAACGAACCGGUGGUUCAGUAUGGGCCUUUUGUGAUGAACACCCAGGCUGAAAUCGAUAGAACUAUUGAGGACUACCAAUAUUGCAAAAACGGGUUUGAAAUGGCCAAGAAUUGGAGAUCUCAAUGAGAAGAAAAAAAAGGGGGGGAAAAAAUAAAUAAAUAAAAGGUGGUGGUCUUUGUCACUGUCUCCAUCUCCAUAAAAUCAAGCAGGAAAAAGAAAGACUUUCCUGCUUUUAUUGGAGCUAGAGCUUCUAGAAACAUGAAUUAUGGUUGUGACUGAAGUCAUGAUGAUGGGUCAGCUUCCAAGAACAUCUUGUCUUGUGUUGUAUUUUUAUUUUUAUUAUUAUUAUUUUUUUGGCUUAUUUAAACGUUGGUGGCUGUUGAUGAUUGGAAUUUGAUUUUAGUUUCUUUGUUA